AUGGAUUCUGGUUUGAAUGAGGAAUCUAGUGGAGCAUCAGAUUCAACAGUUUUGAAGAGAAACUCUAAAGAUGUUGCUUGGGAAUAUGGAAUGUUGUCUGAUUCGAAAAAUCUUGACAAAGUUAAAUGCAAAUUGUGUGGGAAAGAAUUUUCAGGUGGUGUUUAUCGGAUAAAAGAACACAUUGCCAGAAUUCCUGGAAAUGUUUCUGCUUGUCCAAGAUCAUCAAAGGAUGAUCAAGAGAUGUGCAAGAAUGCUAUCGAGGAAGCAAAGAAGAAGAAGAAGAAGAAGGUAACUCUAGAUGAUGAGCUGCAGCAGAAAGUUAAUGUUCAUGGCAGUGGAGAUAUGGAUGAUGUGAUUGAGCUUGAAGAAAUGGGUUCAAGAAAGAUGCAAAGGACACUUGGUCCGAUGGAUAAGUUUGCAACAAACAUCAAUCCAAAAUCUAGACCUCUUCCAACUAGGCAACAAAAUAUCAAUGAUGCUCUUUGGAAAGAGAAGCUACACAAGGUUCAACAAUAUAUUGCUAGGUGGGUGUAUGCUUCAGGGGUUCCUUUCAAUACCAUUGCAAACGAUGAGUUUAAGCUAAUGGCUGAAGCUAUAGGACAAUUUGGUCCAGGACUCACACCACCAAGUCAACACCAACUUCGAGAGCCUUUACUUAAGGAAGAAGUUGAUAGAGUUCAUGGUUUGCUGAAACCACAAGAAGAAGAUUCGAAGAAGAAUGGGUGCACGGUGAUGACAGAUGCUUGGUCUGAUCGAAAGAGGAGAAGUAUCAUGAAUCUGUGUGUCAAUUGCAAAGGAGGUACAAUGUUUCGCUCUUGUAAAGAUAGUUCAGAUGAGGCUCUUACAGGUGGAUAUAUUUUUGAGUAUGUCAAAGGCUGCAUUGAGGAGAUUGGUGAAGAGAAUGUAGUUCAAGUGGUUACUGAUAAUGCCGCUAACAAUAUGGCUGCGGCAAAAAUGUUGAAAGAGAUCAAGCCGAGUAUAUUCUGGACAUCAUGUGCAACUCACUCCAUCAAUUUGAUGCUGGAAAGCAUCUCGAAACUCACAAGGUUCAAAGGUACAAUUAAGAUGGCAAAAGAAUUCACAAUCUUCAUAUAUGCUCAUCAUAAGACAUUGGCGUUGAUGAGAACAUUCACAACUAGGACAGACAUUGUGAGACCUGGUGUUACUAGAUUUGCAUCAUCGUUUCUUACUUUGCAAAGUCUCUUGGACAAGAGGGAUCAACUAUCAGCCAUGUUUUCUAGCAGUGAGUGGAGAAACUGCAAAUGGUCGAAACAUUCCAAAGGCAUCAAGGCAUUUAGCACAGUGAUGAGUGUUAAAUUUUGGAAUGGGGUGAUAAUGUGCUUGAAAGUUUUUGGACCAUUGGUCAAACUGCUUCGACUUGUUGAUGGAGAUAAGAAGCCUACAAUGGGAUUUCUGCAUGGAGAACUGAUAGAAGCAAAGAAACAGAUCAGUGAUGGAUUAAAACAUGUGGAAAAAAAUGUUAAGCCGAUAUUGAGUAUCAUUGAAGAAAAGAUCAAGGGUCGACUUGACAAUCCUUUGCAUCUGACAGGUUAUUUGUUGAAUCCAUACUACUUCUAUAAAGAUUCAAGCCAAGCCUCCAAUGAUGAGGUAUCAAAUGCAGUCUUUAAGUGUGUCUCUACAUUUUUCCCCAAUGAUGUCAACACACAAUGUCAAGUCAUCAACUCUGAACUGGCGAUUUACAAAAACAAAGAAGGAAACUUUGGAAAACCAUGGGCCAUCCUAGGCUGCCAGAAGGAGGAUUAUGAUCCAGGUAUUAAUCAAACAAAGCACGAUCAUGUUUAUUUCAUAUAG